UUCUACUUUCUAGUGUAGUUUCUCUAUAAUCAGUCUCCCAACUUUUUCUGCUUUUGAUUGAGUGAAAAAAGAUGCUCUCACUGUAGUGGGGACUGUAGGAGUAUUCUUUCAACAUUCCUGUGUAAAGCUGGAAAGCCUGCUCAACCCUUCACUCUUUCAAAGCUCUGAAAUUUGCUACUGGGUUUCUCUCAUAUUUCAAGUUCCAAUCUUUCUGAGCUUCCUUUUUUUGUAUUCUUAUCUCAGGUUUGCAAUUCCUAUACUUUUGCCUUGUUCCAAAUCUGCAUUAUUUUUUCUGGGCAUGCAAAUUUGAGGGUUUUUGUUAAUUAGGGUUUUCAAUUUUGUCAAUGGAAAUACCCAAUUAUCUUCCUUUAAUGCUCCUAAUUUCAUGGGUAUCCUUAAUUUCUUUACCCUGUAAUGGGUUUAUGAUUAAGCACAUGUUAAUGGAAUCAGAAUCCCCACCACCUGGUUCUCCUCCUGAAUUCAAGAUUGAGGUGAAAAGGGUUGUUCUUAGCAUUUUUUCUGGAUUAAUUAGUGGAUUUAUUGCUGCUAUUAUGGUUGCUAUUAUGAUAAGAUGCUUUGUUCAGUAUAUUAAUAGAGCUCCUAUCCUUAAAGGCCCUGUUGUAUUUUCCCCAAAAAUUGAUCCCAAAACGCUUAGGAUAGCUUUAGAAAAUGAGAAUCAGUUAAUAGGAUCUAGCUCUAAUGGGACUUAUUACAGAACUUCUCUUGAUAAUGGAUUGAAUAUUGCUGUGAAAAGGCUCGAGCCUUUCGAAAUUGGGUCCCCUGAAACUCAUAACAAGGCCUUGAAGAGGAAAUUACAGCAAGAACUUCAAGUUCUUGCUGGGUUAAGACAUCGGCAUUUGAUGAGUUUAAGGGCGUAUGUUCGUGAAUCAGAUCGUUUUAGCUUGGUAUAUGAUUAUAUGCCCACAGGGAGUCUUGAAGAUGCUAUGAACAAAGUUCGGUCGAAUCAAGUGCAAAUGGGUUGGGAUGCUAGGCUUCGGAUUGCUGUAGGGAUUAUUAAGGCGCUCAAGUUCCUUCAUUUCGAAUGCAAUCCGUGUGUAUUGCAUUACAAUCUCAAACCGAGUAAUGUUAUGUUGGAUGCAGAGUUCGAGCCCAAGCUCGGAGAUUGUGGGUUAGCCAACCUCAUGCCUAUGUUGUAUAGUUCACCAAAUGGAUAUAGUGCACCAGAGUCCUCUCAAAACCACAGUUAUACAGACAAGAGUGAUGUCUUCAGCUUUGGAGUUAUACUGGGGGUACUGUUAACUGGUCGAGAACCCUUAGAUCCUUUUUUUGGCGAAGCAUCCAGCGGGGGAAGUUUAGGCAGGUGGCUGCGGCAUUUGCAGCAAGCUGGGGAAGCUCGGCAGGCCUUGGAUAAAAGCAUACUCGGGCAAGAGGUCGAGGAAGAUGAGAUGCUUAUGGCCGUAAGAAUUGCAGUUGUCUGUAUGUCAGAUCUCCCAGAAGACCGUCCUUCUAGUGAUGAGCUUGUGCCAAUGCUUUCUCGUCUUCACAGUUUUUAAAGGCGGUGUGAGUGAACUCUUGGAACCUGCCUAACUCGUGUAGGCUCGAUAUUUGAAAUUCUCGAUAAACGGAUGUUCACUUCGUCGCCCUUGCUAAAGAAAGAAACCAGCUAAUGAACGAGACGGAUUCAUCCACAUAUCCCGGAAGAGAUUCAAAACAGUGCAUUCAUGAUCAACUCUCUUGGACGAGGUAUAUAAUGGGUUUAUAGAUACGCUUUCAAAAUUUAUCUAAUUGCUCGUUAGUCGUUAGCAUCAGAUCACCCUCUUUGAAUUGCGAGCUAAGUUUCCUAGAAUUUUUGCUCACUAGGAAAAUUUUACAGGGAAAGUGAAGUUCAUUGUAAAUCAUUUCCCUAAUUUAUGUCACUGCCCUUUGAUUGUCCCUUAAUGAUAUUGCAUCAAUGUAAUGCUCAACCAUUGCAAAUUGUAAAUUUCAUUGUUUAAACCCGAUGAGUGUUCCAUUUUCACCUUCGUAUAUCCGGUAUUCUUUCGAUAAUAAACAAUCCAGUUCAGUUUCGACAUUUCCUUUACAUGUCAAAUGGGGGGUAGAAGGUCAAUUGCUCGUUAUCCACCUGUACUAAUCUCAAUGACAUGUUGCAAUCAUGUUUAUUUUUAUCCUUAAAGUAAAAAAAAUAU